GUAAAGUAAUCUUGCCUACCUGGCCUACCUGGUAUAUAGGGCCUUGCCUAUUGCUAUGCGUCAAUUUUUCAGCAGUUUUGAUGGGAUAUAGUAAUAGUUACCAACCAAUUAGUGGGCAUUAUAUAAUCAAUUAUCAAGGGGCUCUGCUACAGCUCCCAUUGCAAGAAAAAAUAGUACCUAAGAAGGAUUCCUGUGCCAGCAAAAGUGGAAGACCCCAAGUGGAGGUCUUCCAGCAAGUAUACCAGCAAUGGGAUCUCUAGUCAACACUUCUGUCACAUCGCUGACGCCGCUACCGCCGCCGCCGCCGGCCACCGAGCCGGGCGCCGGCGCGGACCCUGCGCAGCGCUCGAUGGCCGCGCACCCCGAGUACCUGGCCGUGUUCUCGCGCGCACACCACUUCCUGAUGCGCGGGGACGGCCCGCUGGCGUUCGACAUGAGACACUACGUGGCCAUCAUGGCGGUGGGCCGCCACCAGUGUCACGUGCUGCUCGACCAGCUCAAGGAGGAGUUUGUGGCCAGCGGCGGCGAGCAGCGCUGGCUCGACGGACUGCAGCACGUGCCCAAAAAGCUCUCCGACCUCAGCGAGGUGAACAAGCUGCUGGCGCACCGGCCGUGGCUGCUCAACAGGUCGCACAUCGAGCGGCUGGCGCGCGGCCGCGACAACUGGAGCCUGGGCGAGCUGCUGCAGGCGCUCACCGUGCUGGCCCACUACCACGCGCUCUGCUCGUUCGUGCUCGGCUGUCGCGCGCUGGACGCGGACGGCGCCGCCGACUCGGAGACGGAAGGCCCGGCGCGGUCGUCGCCGGGCGCCGCCGAGCCGUCCGAGUGCGCCUCCGGUCCGCCGUCGGACGGCGCGCCCGUCCGCCAGCUGAUGCAGAAGAUGCGCUCCCUGAGCGAGCAGCGCCAGUCGGCCGGCCAGCUCACCCCCGAGCAGAAGAACGUCAUCUACGAGGCGGUGGACUCUGGCGGCGUGGUGGCCGACCGGCCGGCGCCGCGGCCGCCGCGACACGACAUCGACCGCUUCGUCGAGGACGCCGACUUUGCGUACGAGGACUUUAGCCGUCGCGGCGAGGGGAGCAGCGUGCCGACGUUCCGCGUGCAGGACUACAGCUGGGAGGACCACGGGUUCUCGCUGGUGAACCGGCUGUACUCUGACGUGGGCGUGCUGCUGGACGACAAGUUCCGCACGGCCUACCAGCUCACCUACCAGACAAUGGGCUCGUUCCGCGCCGUGGACACGGGCCUGUUCCGGCGCGCCGUCUGGAGAUAUAUCCAGUGUCUGUACGGCAUCAGACACGACGACUACGACUACGCGGUGGUGAACCAACUGCUGGACCGGCGGCUGAAGGCGUUCGUCAAGACCAUGUGCGUGUACCCGGAGCGGCUGGACGGCGCCGGCGGCGGUCUGCGGCCCCUCUCGGACGGCAUGCAGGGCUUCCAGCACUCGGAGAAGGUGCACGUGGCCAUCCUGUGUCUGGAGGCGCGCCUGCAGUCUGAGCUGCUGUACGCGCUCCGGGCCGUGAUGCGCUACACGACGUGAGCCGGCCGCCAGCACUCAGCCCACGCCGCGCGUCAAUCAUGUCGUCAAUGAGUGCCGUCUGUUUUUACUGGGCGCUGCUGCCGGACGGACCUCUUUGUACUUGGUAUAUUGUCUGUGAUGUUUUAGCGGCGGUGGCCGUGCGCGUGGCGUUAGUGCGAGGAGCGCGGGUCGGGCCCGGGGACGGCGGCCGCCGAUCCGCUGCGCUCUCUGCGCCCUGUGUCACGCCGUCGACAGAUUGGGGCGACCGAGCCGCCCGCCGUGCCGCCGUGUGCCAGUGGCCGGGAGCGGCCGCAGUGCCCCAGCGGCCAGCCCGGCGACCAGGCCAGUCUCAGUGUUUUAGCCGUCGGUGGGCGCCCACUGCCAGGCUGCGGUGGCGGCCCGCGCACACACCCAGCCGGGCCGGGCCACCCUGGCGGGGUGGUGGACGCGGCGCUCCACGGAUAUGUCUUUCAAAGUGUCCGCUGAACUGAUCCCGUUCAACAUCCGACGAAAUAAUAAAUAAAGGACAUGCAUAAUUUGAG